AUGGAGCUCGGCACGUCGAGGUUCAACCCCGAGGACGAGAUCGAGGACCUCGACCUCGCCGAGGCGACCGUCACGUCUCGAGGCGAGCUCCAGAUCCAGUCGUGGCUUCGCUUCGCCGCGUCGAAGCGCGAGGAGGCGAAACGCGAGGUCGCCGCGCCGUUCGAGGACGCGCUCGAGUACAAGCUCUCGGACAGCGUCUUCACGAGGGACGACGUGCGAGCGCUGAUCGAAGACCUCUCGCGCGAGACGUCCGAGCUGGUCGCGACGGAGCUCGAACGCGCGUCGCGCGUCGCGGCGGCGAUGCUGAAACUCCUCUUCGCGCAGGCGGAGGCGCGAGGGUGCGGACGCGCCAUGACGCUCGACGCGCACCAGCUCGAGGACGCGCGCGUGCUGGAGGAGAUGCGCGCGAUCGAGCGCGUCGCGCUGUCGAGGCCGGCGUCGGACUUCACGCGGGCGGCGCUGCGCGUUGGGAUGACUCCCGUCGAGGACGACGACGACGAGUUCGCGUUCGACGUCGGCAAGGGCAAGGGCAAGACCGUCAUCGUGAAAGAGACCGUCGUCGACGUCGCGACGGCGCGAGAUUGCGAGAAGCUCCGCGCGGAUCUCGCGGCGGCGCGAAGAGACGCGGGAUCGCGCGUGCAGGACAGCGCGCAGUUUCAGCAGUUGAAACGAUUGAUGCAGCAGAAGACGCGCGAGCUGUCGAUGCUGCGGACGCGACUGCGGCGGUACGAACCGGAGGCGGACGACGGCGACGUGGUCGGGACCGAGGACGACAGUUUCAUCGAGAAGAAGGAGGAGGAGGAUGAGGAGGGCGCGGAGGUGGAGAGAGAGAGAGGAGACGUCGACGUCGCGGGAGAGGUCGCGGCGGAGGCGGCGGCGGAGUCGCCGAGAGGAGGCGGCGUCGCGAGAGAGGUCGACGUCGAGGCGUCGCCGGGCCCGCCGCCGCCGCCGCCACCGGACGACGACGACGACGACGACGACGACGACGAGUUCGACUUUUAG